GAGUCGAGGACGGGUUGGGCGAGUGAGAGAGGGACUGCUGGUGUAGUGGAGUGAAAGUGCUGCCCGAGGACACUCUUUUUUUUGUGAGCGGUUGUAUUUUGUGAUCCGUAUAACAGAAGACUUGUGGUCUUCAUCACUACAUUAAACUAAACAUAUCCAGACGGUUCAACUUCCCAUAGAAUGGAAUCAAGCGAGUACCGUAGAAACCAGUCGGAAAAUAAUUUUACAACUUUACAGAAGAUUUGGUAUUCAAGUGAUAAAGAAAAUAAAAAGCGUCGACAAGUAGAGGAGAAAAUACUGGACUACAGGAUACCAGAAGCCCAUGAUCUUUCUAAACCUACUUCUACACCUAGAAUGGAACCAAUCAAGUCCCGUAGAAGAACGAAGCAAGAAAAUUUCUUGUGGUACCGUAGUACCGCAAAAAAUAAUAAUUGUUUAACUUUUCACAAGAUUUGGUAUCCAAGUGAAGAAAGGGAUAAAGAAGAAAAACAUCGACAAGUAAAGGAAGAAUGGCUUGACUGUCAGAUGCCAGAAGCCAUAGAAGUGAAUCCCUCCAAGCGCAGAUGCCUUUGGCCUUCCGCCAAGGAAUCGUACAUGCCUUAUACCUCAGGAAUCCAGAAUACCCAAGUGAAAUGGUAUUCAAGUGAAGAAAGGGAUAAAGAAGAAAAACAUCGACAAGUAAAGGAAGAAUGGCUUGACUGUCAGAUGCCAGAAGCCAUAGAAGUGAAUCUCUCCAAGCGCAGAUGCCUUUGGCCUUCCGCCAAGGAAUCGUACAUGCCUUAUACCUCAGGAGUCCAGAAUACCCAAGUGAAAUGGUAUUCAAGUGAAGAAAUGGAUAAAGAAGAAAAACAUCGACAAGUAAAGGAAGAAUGGCUUGACUGUCAGAUGCCAGAUGCCAUAGAAGUGAAUCCCUCCAAGCGCAGAUGCCUUUGGCGUUCCUCCAAGGAAACGUACAUGCCUUAUACCUCAGGAGUCCAGAAUACCCAAGUGAAAUGGUAUUCAAGUGAAGAAAUGGAUAAAGAAGAAAAACAUCGACAAGUAAAGGAAGAAUGGCUUGACUGUCAGAUGCCAGAAGCCAUAGAAGUAAAUCCCUCUAGGCGCAGAUGCCUUUGGCGUUCCUCCAAGGAAACGUACAUGCCUUAUACCUCAAGAGUCCAGAAUACCCAGUCGAGCAUUACUAAGGCCGACCCAUUUUCGCUCCACUAUGGUGAUAUUCCUCAACCUUGUAAAGAAAACGUCAGUAUACCUCAAGAAUACUCCACUGUCAUAAAGUAUAGAGCUUCCUUGUUAAGCAACUCCAGUGAAUCUUACAGACCAAGUCAUCGAUAUUCAAUAUAUGACGAGAAUGGAUACAACGUAAGAGGUUACUACACUGCAGGAUUCUACCCUCAGCAAUGACAACUGACUCAUGCUCUUUUAAUUAUAAACUGAUGCAUUUUCUAGUUUUAAACCGACUCAAAAUGUUUUUAAUAUAAACUGACGCAUGCUUCUUUUAAUUAUAAACUGAUGCAUUUUUAAAUAAACUGAAGCCUAAUUUUUAAUUAUAAACUGACGCGUGUUUUGUAACUAUAAACUAUCUUUUUAUAAAAUGACGCUUAGCAUGUCUAUUCUUCAAUUAAAUAUUCGU